CUUACCUUGUUAAAUUGUAGUAAUUUGAUAUAAAAAAAUUGAAUACAAGUACAUAAUAUAUUCGUAUACUUACCCGUAAGUUAUAUUAAAUUUUUAUAAAAAAUUGCUUCCAAAGUAGUUACACAAACGAAAAAAACGUGAUUUACUGAUGAAUUCGAGAAUCGGUGUGUUGUCGAAAUAGCGUUGUACAUUGUAUGUUUACGACGUGUGCGGGUAUGUGUCUGUAUGUGCGAGACCGUUGAUAGGAUUCAUCAAAAAACCCAUCGAUGAUAUUUUUAGAAAUGUCAUAUUUAUUUUGAAUAAAGUAUUUUUUCAAUUCAAUGAUAUUUUUAUUGAAAUAAAAUUUGUUUUUAUUAAAUUACAUCUUUUUUUUAUCAAAUCAAAACAUGUUUAUUUUGUAAACUGAACCAAGCCAAUUUGUAAUUUUAAUUAAAUCAUCAAUUAAUUUGAUUAAAAGUUUGUAAAAACAAUAAAAAUAUUGUUAUUUCAAUAAAUUAAUGUUUGUUAAAAAUUGAUAAAUGUAUUUUGUUGUUUUAACUAGUGAUAAUUCGUUGAGUGUGUAUGGAUGACAAAAUUGUAGUAGUUUUAUCAAAGUGAUUGUAAUUACAAUUUUACUUACAACUUAUGGAAAAGGGCCAAUUUAUUAUCUGUUGUAAUACAUUGUCAUAAUUUAUAUGGAAGGCAAGACAGUACGGUACCACUAAUUUUUAAAUAUAAUAAAACAUUUAAAUAGGCUAAAUACGCUUUUGUUAAAAUUUUCACUUUACACACUAAAUUUUUUUGGAGCUUAAAGGCUUUGAUAAAUUCAAUACUUUUUGUAUUUUAUAAAAGAUAGGAGAGGAUAUAAUUUGUGUUGAACAACUGCAGCGGAAUGCACUGUAAUUAAUUAUAACAGUAGCUGUCAAACAUUUAAUGUAUGCCAUGAAUCAAUAUUUUAAAGAUUAUAUUCAAGAUAUUUUAAAGACAAAUUUACAAAUUCUAAAUCAAAAAAAAAAUGAAAGUCACACGAAAGAGUAGAGUAGAAAAUAAUAUUGAAAUAGGAUGGCAUGGAGAAAUGAACAAUUUUUUAUGGCAUGUUGCUCCAAAAGGCUUAUUAAAAGUCAAAACUAAUUCUGCUUUGGAACGCUAUUAUUUUAAAAUGCAAAAGACCAAAUUACGAAUGAUAGCUGAAAAAUUAGAUAUAAUUGCGAGACGAGAAGAAAUAAAAUUGAUGAGAUGGCUUGUUAAAGGCAAAAUAGAAACAUGGGACAUAAGUGAUUCUCUCGAAAACACCCCCGUUAUACGCAAUAGACUAGAGGUAGAGAGAUUAUUGGAAUUAAACAAGAAGCCGUAUAAAAAACCUUAUCAGCAUCCAUGUACAAAAAGACUUGAAAGACAGAAUUUUAAGAAUCUUACGCCGGAAGUUGAACGAUGGGGUAUAAUAUUCAGGGAAGUGAAAUUCGGAGAAAGUUUUAAUGUCGAUCAUUACCACCAUGGUAGACUUUUAAAACGAAAAAUAAAAGAACAUAAGAUAGAAACUGGACUAUACAUGCGACGAUCAAACUUCCAACUCAAAUUAAAAGAUGAAAACGCAGACGCAAUGAAAAAGAUUCCACUACAUGACUUCAAAACCCUCUUCGAAACAAGCAAUAAACUUAUGAAAGAACCCGUUUGCUGGCAUUAUUAGCCCUCAAGACCGAAACGAAUGCACAUCCGGAUAUAAUAAAUUCUACAUAAUGUUUUAUUUUCUUGGUCAAGAAUACAAGGUGAUUCUUUUAUUAUAAAACACUUAUUAUUUCAAAAAGUAUUCAUGUUUUUGAAAACAUUUAUUUACAUAGUUUCAAGUUGUUAAAGAAACAACGUUUUUAUUAUAAAAUUAUAUUUUUAAAUAUUUUUUAUCCUUAUAUUUUUUUUAAGUUUUUUACUUUUUUGAAUGACAGCAUAGAGUUUUAAUUUCAUAUUCCAAAUCAAAAUAAUUUUCUAAAUAUUUGGAUACAAAAAAACCAAAUAAAGGGUGAGUAGUUUAUGAUUUUACGUAUUUAAAGUUUAGACAAGCGGAGUAGUGGACAAACAUUUUGUGGGGUAACCCCGUACCACUCAACUCCGCGCAUCUAAACUUGAAAUACGUAUAACUCAUAAACUACUCGUUCUAAAUUCGAUUUUUAUGUAUUAAAAUAUUCAGAAAAUUAUUCUGAUUUGGAAUAUAAAAUUAAAAAUUUGUGUUGUUAUUCAAAAAAGUAAAAAACUUAAAAAAAUAUAAAAAAUAAGUAUAUAUAGUAUAUAGUAAUAACGUUGUUUUUUUUUAACAACUUGAAAUUAUGUAGAAAAAUAUGAAUACUUUUUGAAAUAAUGAAUGUUUCAUAAUAAAAGAAUCACUCUGUAUAACAUCUGCAGAUCACAAUGUAACUUUAAAAUCAAUAUUAAAUAAACCUUACCUAUACAUA